AUGCAAUUCUCCCUCUCCUUCGCCGCUUUCAUUGCCCUAAGUGGCCAAACACUCGCUCAAUCCGCAACAGGAAGCUACGUCAUCACAGAAAGCGACAAUAUCUUGACUGCAAAGGGGACUAGUCCGGCAGUCUUCAGCCCAUUCAAUGGCUCAUAUGACCAGAUCUGGAGCUUCAACGGCGUCGGCUUCGGCACUGUCGUCAUUCAAUGCCAGGAUUCGCCAGACUACCUCAACUGUGACGAAGACGGAUCUCCCUGCACCCCUUCCACCGAACCCCAGAUUUUCGAGCCUAUUAAGCGGGGUCAAGAAUUGUACCAGAUCUCGGAUGAUUCAGGGGACUUGUUCCUUGCCGAGUCGUCUGAUAAGACGAUCCAUUUGGUGUACGAUGUGCAGGAUGAUGAGAAGGCUUUGUUCACGUUGACUCGGCCUGCGGAGUUCAAGGAAACUUGA